UACUUGCAUGCCCCACCCCCUUUAGCCCUCGCAUUUUUAUAUCAACAUUAGUGCGGCUCAAGACACCGUUGGACUUGCAGUUCCUUCGUUCAUCUUAUAUAGUUCUAUCUUUCUAUUUGUGCUCUAAAUUCUUGUUUUAUUAUUCAUCUUGUAAAUGACAGAUGAUUCAUCAUCGAUCGGCGUCCAAACGUUUUUCCUAAUUUGUAGUUUACUUAGUGCAAAUCGUUUUUUUUUUUUUUUUUUUUUACCUCACACUUGAUAAUUCAGUGCAAUCGGAUUCUGUGAAUCUCCAAAAGACAACACAAGUGCUAAGUUCAGUGACUGUAUAAAAAAUAAUCGUGACAUAUAUACAUAUAUAUAUAUACAUAUGUAUAAAAAUUGCAAUUUCUCUUCAAAAUUGCUUGAGUGAAAAUUCUCUACAUUUUCCCCUCUUCUUUGCCACCGCGUAUCAUACUUUCUCUCUAGUUCUUUAUUUUAUAAGCUCAUAUCGUUCUGCACAAAGAAGAGAAGAGGGGAAGAGUCGGAUUAUUACUUUGUCAAUCGACCGCGGUGCGACCGCUGUCCUAAGGUUUCUGCAAGCGGCUGCGAGAAGCCAAGCAGCGUUCUGGAAGCUAAGUGAGAAACGGAAAACGUUCGUACGCGCAAAACAAAAUCAAUCCUUCAUCCCGUCAUCCCUUUCUUUUCACUUUGCCGUCCCUUCGUUCACGUAUCUUGCGUCGCAACGCGUGUCUUUCUUUUUUUUUUUUUCUGUGUUCUCUUUUCCCGUUUCACGACCCAUUAUGGAUCGCAACGAGGACACGAACGAGGGCGGCAGCUCGCCCGACACGAUAAUCGCGCGCUCCUCGUCGGAAGAGGAGAAGCAGAAACCUUCCACGGCCAGCACUUCCGGCGAGUACGUUACCGUGGGUGAUAGCAGCUCCAGUCUCGACACCCUGACCAGCGGCAGCGGCGGUGUCGCGAUUCUUUCGUCCAGCGCGAACACGGACGACCGGAAGCGAGGUAAAUUCGGCGCGUUCAAGAGCAGCUUCCGCGAAGGCAGUUUGUUCAAGAUUAGGAGGAAAACGCGCGAGAUCAGCGGCGAGGCGGACGCGGAACAAGAUGACAAAACUCCGAAGAGACAGAUAGAGGAUGACACAGAGAUAUCUCGUCAGCAAUUGCAGCCACUCGAACACGAGGAGACUAAAUCGAUUUCGGAGGCUAAAUCCUUCGACGCGUCUUCGGCCGCGGCUUUGAAGAAGAAGAAAAAGAAGUCGCAUUCAUUGGUACGCAAAUUGAGCUUAAAUAAAUUCCGUCUGUCGUCGGAACAACAACAACAACAACCACAACCACAACCACAAUCACAACCACAACAACAACAACAACAACAGGAAAUACGUCACACACCGGAAGGUGGGGAUAGCAGUCGCUCGCAGAGUCAAUCAUCGCAAGAAUCGCCCAUUCAUUCGUACAGUUCGAAUGUAAGAACUGCGGUGAAGAAGGGGCAGGAUAACGACGGCCUGGAGAGGGAAAAGGAAACUAAGGGGGAGCUUGCGAAAACAGAAAAGCUACUCGAGAAAUCGACAAAGACUGUUACUGUAGUGCAGCGCAAAACGCCGUCGUUGACCAUCAAGAGCUUUACAUCCGUCGAGCAGGACAUUGAGCAACAUUCGCAGCAAGAAAAACCGGACAACUUAUCGCGUUCCGACGCGCCAUGCAGCUCGACGUUACCGUACGCGUUGUCGAAAUGGCCGGAACGUAGCGAGACGAUGAGACUUAUGGAUGAUGUUGUGGCCAAGCGAGACAAACUGAAGACCAAGUCCAGCUCCGAUUCCCUCGUGUCGUCGAGAUCGUCGCCGGUUGAAGUUCGUCGCAAGUUGUCGUUGUUGGAGGAGAAACGAGCGAUCUUUCAACGACGAUAUUUCGAUACCUCGUCGAGCGAAAAGCAAACAGACGACACGCUCGAUACAGUGAUUAACGUCGAUAACGACAACCGACAAUUAAGCACUGCCGACAACGAGGCCUCUGAAGAUUUUCCCGAACGGGGGCGGGAAAAGGAGAAAAAGAAACGAGCUCGGCAGAUCAGCGUGAGAAACUUCGAUACGUUUUCCACCAUCGAAGGCACCUUCGACGAGGAAUCGACAAAGGUGUUGGGUUACCUGGGAGGAAUCGACGAAGAUCUCACAGAAAGCUACAAUUACUCGAGAUUUCACGCCGCCAUGGCACCUAUCGUGGGAGAUCAGAGUGACAAGUCGUCGAAUAAUGCAUCGAGUCCCGCGGUAGAGAAACGGGAGCAUUUGUACAAAAUACUAGUGAUCGGCGAGCUUGGAGCGGGAAAAACAUCUAUCAUCAAGCGAUACGUUCACCAAUUCUUCUCGCAACAUUAUCGCGCAACGAUUGGCGUCGACUUCGCGCUCAAAGUGCUAAACUGGGAUCCACAAACUAUCAUCAGACUGCAGCUAUGGGAUAUCGCAGGUCAAGAAAGAUUUGGAAACAUGACUAGAGUUUAUUACAAGGAAGCCGUAGGUGCCUUCAUAGUAUUCGACGUGACGAGAAGCGCGACGUUGGACGCGGUAGUGAAAUGGAAACAAGAUCUCGAUUCAAAAGUUCAACUUCCUGACGGAUCGCCGAUACCGUGCGUGUUGCUUGCGAAUAAAUGCGACCAGCAGAAAGAAGGUCUUGUCAAUUCGCCCGCCAAGAUGGACGAGUACUGCAAAGAAAAGAAUUUUGCCGGCUGGUACGAAACCUCAGCGAAAGAGAAUAUCAACAUCGAAGAAGCAGCCAAAUUUCUCGUUAGCAAAAUACUUCAGAACGAUCAGCUUAUAAGAGGCAACGGCGCUCAAGACCAAGCGGAUAACGAACGAUUCGUGUUGAAUCAGUCACCAACAAGCUCCAAAAAAUCCUGCGGCUGCUGACGAAGAGGCAGUUUGUCGAAUUUAAGAUUGAACUUAUGUUCGCAAUUGUCCGUUAAAUGUCAACGCAUUUUCGUGGAUGUCAUGAAUACAGUAAUGCGUUUUUACAUCUUGUCGUUUUUCGCAAUAGAAAGCGUCUGCUUGUUCUCGAGUGCGAGAAUAUGUUCGUUAACAUUUCUUCGGAAAUUAUUUGAACCUGCCUGUACGAUUUGUUUGGUGUUUCUCUCCGAACAAACAACUCUUUAACUAGCUUCAUAGAUAUACAGUAUAAAGAGCUAUGAUUUAAGGAGAGAUAUGUAAUAGCGUAAAGAGUUUCUAAAUAUUUCUAUGAGCACACAAUGCUUGAGAUGCAUAAUGAACAUGACUUUGAAAGUUACCGCCAUCAUUACUCUUUAAUAAAAAAAAAAACUGAUACACUAUUGUGCAACCGCGAUAUAGAUCAUAACCGUGAAACGAUCUUUUAUCGGUUUUGCCUUCCAUUACCGUGAUAUAAUGCAUAGAAUAUAUUUAUACAUUUAUAUUGACUUAAGUGAACACUAGAGUAUAAUGAAAAUCUCGACUUAAGUCGUGCGAACGCGAGAAGCUUUCCUCUUCAAGUAUUUAAACUUGUCUCAUACAAGACAAACACUUGUUUCACUUUUGCAUUUUAUUGCACAUAUGGAACUAUUGAACUAAUGCACGAGUAGAUUUAUAUGUGUUGUGGUAAAAGCGCAAAAAUAAAUUAGAAAAUUCAAAGCCCUCGGUAACGCUCUUACAUGCUUUCGCAAAAGCAUACUUUCGCAAGUUCAAAUUAAUGUAAUGAAUUUUAAGCUUUUACUGUAACAUAUAUAAAACAAACUACUUACAUUUUUCGCCCGAAAUCAAUGACUGAUCUUACAGAUAAAGAUCGUUUUUAGUGUCAUUAGCAGUAAGAAUGUUACCGUGUUGUAGUUUAUGUAAAUCGUAAUAUUUAUAUGAUUACUUGAAUAAUGCAACUGAUGUAUUGCAAUCCGAUAAAAAUACGUUAGGUAGUGGUUUUUUUUUUACUUCAAUUUUCUUAUUACAUCAUGUUGGCAGUAACACUUUUUAUCCAUUUCAUUAAUCGUACAUGCAUGUUUACUUCACUGACUAAAUUAUGUUAUCGACAACAUUGUGCCUUUGUUCGCACAAUUGCAGCUACUAAUUACUCGAGGUAGCUGAUUGUAAUUAAAGCGUCACGUUGCGUCCAAUGGUCGUUUUAUAUGAUACACGUUCAAAUCUGCAGCACGCGAGGCUGUUUUCGUGCCAGAUUGCAUUGGAAUUCAUCAAUCGUGAUUUGGAAUUUGAAAUAUCGUCGCGAUGCUCGCGCGUGAGAAUCUAGUACGAAGAAAAGCAUCGUAUGCUGCAGGCUUUAAAACAGAUUAUUGACGGUAUAUUUACAACGUUUUGAUUGACACGUUCACGAUAAAACUGUAGCAGCAGACAAAAAAAAAAAAAAGGAACGAGAAUAUUUCAAGAACGAUAGUUUGCUUCGCGAUGUCAGAACUUGAAAGAACGUUCUUGAUACAGGUUUACAUAUGUAGAGAGACAUGCGUUUUACGUAAGUAUGUUGAGAAUAUGUAUACAUUACACUGUAAAUAACGCGUAGAUUUUAACAUUAUAAUGACCUUUCUCAUUUUUCGAGCGAUGUUGGCAUGUUUGCACUUUUAUACAUAGAGUAUAUAUAUAAUGCGGAUUUCUAAAACGUAUUGCUAUAAAACAGAGAACAUUUGUAGAUAUAAUAUAAUGGAUGUUCCCGAAAAAAAAUAGAAAACGUGUGAUCAUGUGGGAUUAUAUGUACAUCGGUCGGGUAUGUGUGGUUUUAUAUAUCAGGGGCAGCGAACUGGCGGCUCACGUGUCUCUUUCUGUCACUUACGUGUCGUGCUUGUGACUCGCGGCGACAAAGAAGUUAGCUGCCUCUGUUGUAUAUGAUUUUAUUUAAGCCAGAUUUCACGUAAUCGUGGAAAAUCCAGAGACUUUGAGGGCCUUGGGCUAACACUGUCUACCUGUUCCAGUAGUUGGAAUUAUUUUUAGAGCAAAAAAAAAAGUUGUUUUUGCCGUUUAUUUUUGACCGCAAAGGGACCCUACCCAUUUGACUGUGCCAGUACUUGGAAUUAUUUUUAUUGCAAAAAAAAAAAAAAACAGUUGGUUUUGCCGUUUAUUUUUGACCACGAAGAGACCCUUUGAUUGAACGGGGCCCCGGGUUGCAGCCCAUAAAUCCGCCUCUGGGAAAAUCAAAUUCAAAAUUUGGCGCGAUCUGAUCACUUGUAUAUAAUCUUAUAUGAUCAUAUUGUGUUUCUAUUUUUUCUCGGGUUAUUUUGAACAUAUGUGUGUGAAGAGAAAGAGAGAGAAUUAUGAACAUAACCGAUAUUAUAUCAUCUUAUUAUUAUUUAUAACAAUAAUAAUAGCAAUACAAUGUUUGCCUACUUUUGACUCUUCUUUUGUAUAGACGCAAUGAUAUACAUGUAAGUACAAAAAAUAUAUUUAAAUGUAUUUGUUUAUACACCAGAA